AUGACUAACCACCAACAGGAGGACCCUGCAUUAUCAUCUACAAAUGAAUUUAAUUCUUCAAGUGGUGAAGAUUCAUCAUCUGAUUCUUCCUCCUCGUCCUCUUCUGAAGAAGAAGAAGAAGACUUGAUGAUUACUAAACCCAUUUACAUGUCCAAGACUACUAGGAAUAAAAAAGGUUCUCUCAAUAAUCAGAUCACGAAUACAAAUGAAGAAAAAGGACAAUUAGAGGAAAAAAGUGGUGAUAAUUCAAGUGAACAUACUAAUAGGAGGAAACAAAUCACAAUAUCAAAACUCGAUCAUCAAGUAAUUCAAGAUCCUAGUGAUAAUAAAUUGGAAUUUGAUGGAGUUGAUGAUACUGAUGAUAUUGAUCCUGAAUUAGAAUAUGAAAAUUGGAAAAUUAGAGAAUUGAAUCGAUUUAAACGGGAUCAAGAUAUAAUUAAACAAAUUGAAUUAGAAAAAGAAGAUCAAUUACGUAGAAACAAUUGA